AAAAAAAAAAAAACUUGUGAAGCGAAUUAUUAUUUCUUCUGCUCGGGGGUGGCGUGGUGGGUAUGGGAGAGAAGAAGACGACGACUGGAGAGGGGUUUGGGUUUUACAAGGAAUAUGUCGCCGGAAUGAAUGCUGGUCUCGCCACUGUCGCCGUCGGUCACCCUUUCGACACCGUCAAGGUGAAACUUCAGAAACAUAAUACAGAGGUGCAAGGACUUAGAUACAAAAAUGGACUGCAUUGUGCUUCCAGGAUCCUGCAAUCUGAAGGAGUCAAAGGACUUUAUAGGGGAGCAACAUCAUCGUUUUUGGGAAUGGCCUUUGAAAGUUCAUUGAUGUUUGGUAUAUACUCCCAGGCAAAGCUGUUCUUGCGGGGAACUUUGCCAGAUGAUGGGCCACGGCCAGAGAUAAUUGUUCCGUCUGCUAUGUUCGGUGGAGCUAUUAUUAGCUUUGUAUUAUGUCCAACAGAGCUUGUAAAGUGUAGAAUGCAGAUCCAAGGUACGGACUCUUUGGUUCCUAACUUCCGUAGAUACAACAGUCCUCUUGAUUGUGCUGUUCAGACGGUCAAAAAUGAAGGGGUAACAGGUAUUUUUCGUGGUGGUUCGGCAACAUUAUUAAGAGAAUGUGCUGGAAAUGCUGUCUUCUUUACUGUCUAUGAGUAUUUACGGUAUCAUAUCCACUCGAGAUUGGAGAAUUCGAAGCUGAAAGAUGGUUACUUGGUUGACAUGGGGAUAGGAGUUUUCACUGGUGGUCUUGGAGGCAUAGCUUGCUGGUCAGCUGUUUUGCCCUUUGAUGUAGCAAAAACGAUUAUCCAGACCUCUCCAGACAAAGCUACCGAGAGGAAUCCUUUUAAAGUGUUGAGCUCGAUUCACAAGAGGGCAGGACUCAAGGGAUGCUAUGCAGGUCUGGGGCCAACCAUUGUGAGAGCAUUUCCUGCUAAUGCAGCAGCAAUCGUUGCUUGGGAAUUCUCAAUGAAAAUGUUGGGUAUCAAACGUGACUAGGAUUAGUUUUCCAAUCUAAUUUAUUUGGUCCGAUUUUGAUGAGCUUUCUUGUAAGAGAACUACAGAUAUCACGAAUCAAAAGUGUCUCCCAUAUUAUUAUUUCUUGCUAGCUAUUUAGCUCUCUGUCCUCA